CACAAGUUGGGUACAGAGGCAGUCACACAAGAGCGGGUCCGGGAUAUUGGUCAGCAGGCAGGGCAAAUCGCUUUGACUGCAAACCACAGUUUCGUAGAGUGGUAGAAGAAAUCAUAUAUUCCUUCACUGUAAAGAGAAAGUGAGUUUUAAAGAGGAAACAAUGGCUUCAAACAGCGUAUUUGAUUCACUUCCUUCUUACCAGCACUUCUUGAGAGAUACCAGCACCAGCCGCCGCUUCACGCCGCCCUCCACCGCGCUGAGCCCGGGGAAGAUGAGCGAGCCGCUGCCGCUGCCCGGCGCCGAGCACAGCGGAGCGCUGGCGGGGAAGCUGCGCGCCGCCGACCGCAGUAUGGUGGAGGUCCUGGCGGACCACCCCGGGGAGCUGGUGCGCACCGACAGCCCCAACUUCCUCUGCUCCGUGCUGCCCACCCACUGGCGCUGCAACAAGACGCUGCCCAUCGCCUUCAAGGUGGUGGCCUUAGGAGACGUACCCGAUGGGACGCUGGUCACAGUGAUGGCUGGAAACGAUGAGAACUACUCUGCAGAACUCAGAAAUGCGACGGCUGCCAUGAAAAACCAAGUGGCAAGGUUCAACGACCUCAGAUUUGUGGGUAGAAGUGGAAGAGGGAAAAGCUUCACACUGACUAUCACAGUCUUCACAAACCCUCCACAAGUAGCCACGUACCACAGAGCCAUCAAGAUAACAGUGGAUGGACCACGCGAACCCAGAAGACAUCGUCAGAAACUAGAUGAGCAGACAAAGCCCGGGAGCUUGUCCUUUUCAGAGCGCCUGAGUGAACUGGAGCAGUUGCGUCGUACGGCCAUGAGGGUCAGCCCACACCACCCAGCCCCCACACCCAACCCACGAGCCUCCUUGAACCACACCACUGCUUUUAACCCUCAGCCUCAGAGUCAGAUUCAGGACACAAGGCAAGUGCAGCCAUCCCCGCCGUGGUCCUAUGACCAGUCCUACCAGUACCUGGGCUCCAUCGCGACUCCCUCGGUGCAUCCUGCCACACCGAUAUCGCCUGGCAGGGCCAGCGGCAUGACGUCCCUCACCGCAGAGCUUUCCAGCCGCCUCUCAGGUGCUUCUGACUUGACGGCAUUCAGUGACCCCAGAGUGGGGAUUGACCGCUCCUUCUCCGCACUCCCUUCCAUUUCUGAUCCUCGGAUGCACUACCCGGGAGCGUUCACCUACACGCCAACUCCCGUCAGUUCGGGGAUAGGGAUCGGUAUGUCUGCUAUGUCCACAGCCACCAGAUACCACACUUACCUCCCACCUCCGUAUCCUGGUUCCUCUCAGGCCCAAGGCAGCCCAUUCCAGACCAGCUCACCUUCGUACCACCUCUACUACGGAACCUCCGCUGGGUCCUAUCAGUUCUCCAUGAUCUCAGGAGGAGACCGGUCCCCCCCGCGCAUCCACCCCCCUUGCACCAAUGCUUCCACAGGAUCAACACUCCUCAACCCCAACCUUCCCAAUCAAAGCGAUGUGGUUGAGGCGGAAGGGAGCCACAGCAACUCCCCAACCAACAUGGGUACCACGGCAAGGCUAGAGGAAGCGGUUUGGAGGCCAUACUGAAUGCAUUUUAAGUAGUCGUGGGCCAGGACUAACGUGCUUUCGAUUUACCGAUGUCCGUAGGUAUCCCAUAAACACCUGUCUUGCUUAUGGGCCCUGCCAUGUUCAUACAUCACUUCCAGAAGCAAACUCUCCAGAAGUCAGCGGUCCCAGGAGCAGUGGCAUGCAUUGGGCCAGCUGCGUGGCUGGUGAAGCGAUGCCACGCCAGCAGGAUACCCCCCAGGGGGCUGAGCUUCUGGAAAGGAGGACAUUCAGGUUGGUGGCCUGUAGGUAGUGAGGGUGAGUAGGAAGAUAUCCAGGCUGUUUUCAGGCUUGUGGCUUUCAAACAUGCCCAGGUUUGAAGGUCUCCACAGCCCUAAAGAGAUUUUCAGUUCACUUCUGUUCUUAAGACUUAAGACCCAACAGAAACUUAACGAGUUUACUGCAUCUUAUGGACGUAUUAACUAUAAGGAAGUAUAGGAAGAUUCUCAGAGGGAAACUGUGAACGCUUCUGUUUUAGCAAUGCUGUGAAUGAGAGGUUUUAUAUGUUGGACUUCAGUUUUUCCUUUCCUUUUUUUUUUUUUAAACGACAUUGUGUAUUCUGAAGAAUAUGGAAUUUUUUAUUGCUGUUUUUUUUGUUGUUGUUUGUUUGGGUUUGUUUAUUUUUUUUUAAGGAUGCAACUCAUCCUGCUUUGCAUCUAAUUUGUUUAAUUUCUCUUGGCACCUUAUAAAUCGCAAAAAAAAAAAAGAGAUUUUACUUUUUGUUGUUGUUUUAAUCACGCUUGCUUCUUUCUUGCUUUGUCAACUGAAAGAAUCAGCCCCUUUUUCAAUGAGUUAAUUUAACUUUUUUUCUCUUGGACUUUUUUUUUUGAUAGAACGGCUACAGCCUUGGGUCAUUUUCAACUACUGUACUACUUUGAUGAUAUUUAUGCUUGAUAUUUAGACUUUUCUUAUUUGUUGAUACUAUUAUUAUUUAAGUAUGCCUAUAUUAAAAAGAUCAGCAAUCGCCUUUUUUGGUAGCAGCCAAAGUCGAAUUUGUCACAUUGAAAAAGGCUGGAAUAACGAUGGGUAAAGUGACCUCCUAAUUACCUAGAAAUAUUGUUUACAGUUAUCUCCCUUUCAUUUUACUCAGCUAGGUGAGUCCAGAGCCUCAGAGCUGUUUGUUUAGAUGCCCCACUCCCACUGAAACAAUUGAGGCAUCAAAGUCCCCAUGAAGGCACUGUGCCUUUCCCCCCAGCGGAGUCAUCUCUCCACACCCCUUCCGCGUUUUUCCUUCGUCACCAGUGGUGAUGCUCAGGAUCAGUACUCAGGAGGUACUUAUAAGGCAGUCUUUUGUAUUCCCUCAACUAUGUAAGUCCCCACACAGCCCUGUUCUGCGCUGAGCUUCCCUUGGCUUCCUGGUAGAGGCUUCAUAGUCUUUCAAAUCAAAAGCCAGCACACAGUUAGCGUGGCAGGAGUGAAGUGAAGAAGACUGAUAUAAUCAGUGUGAGACUUGCUCCCAGCUCAGUGGAGCCAAGAUUUGCAGUACAAGAGCCAUGUUUGAGUGUACUGGAAAAGAGAUCAAUUUGUGCAUCACAAAAUAGCUCAGGCUGAACAGAGUCAAGUUCAUCUGGAAAGCAGGCCAGCAAAGAAGGGGCCUUAAUGGUUCUUCCAUCACUAUAUAUUGAGGGAAGAGGAAGGAGAUUUAAAAUCUGUGCACAAACUAUUUGGUCCUGUAGCAAAUAUGCACAGCUUGUACUGGGAGCAUGUUAAUACAGUCGUCAUCAUUGCCCAUCGUUACAGCACAAACAUAUCAGAUGUCACUGUAAAGUUUAUGGCACUAUUUUAUUUGAGGGUUUGGUCUGAACGCAGCUGUUGUACUACUCAUUAAUUACAGACUGCUGAUGUUGACAAGUGUGCGUUCCAAAUGAUCCGAUUAUUAUUUAAUGUACUUCUUAAAUGAGUGAAACAAUUGCAGGUCAACUCAGAGAGUAUUUGAAAGCAGGACUUCAGAUCAGUGUUUGAUGUUUAAAAAAAAAAAAUAUGAAAAGGAUUCAAAUUAAAAAGAUCCUUGGCUGCAGGCAGCAGAACA